GCUUGGCAAGUGACACAAGGCGCCAUAGCGAGGCCGCUUCGCAUAUUUUAGUGACCUGCGAAUCCCCUUUUCCCGGCCGCUCGUGUGUUUCUCAAAUUUUCGACUCAAGCUCUCGCGGUGCUAUGGAGGACCGCGCACUUGCGAUUCGAUAUCUGAUACAACAAUGGCCUCUACUACUCGCGCCGGAUCCGAUCCUGGACCAUGGGAUGUAUUCAAAGUCUUCGAACUGAUCAACCUGGAUGCCGACCCGGAGAGAAUCACUUGCGUGUACGAGUGGGAUGGCCCCGAGGGAAAUCUGAUCCGAUGCGACAAAGAUAUCGAUGAAGAUAAACAAGUCCGCGCAUGGAAGGACUUGCUUAAUUUGCCGUGGGGAAGCGAGGACUCAUCCCUGUGGCGCGCGUCUCUUAACGGUGCUGCCACGCUGUUGAGCUGUGGCCGACACGACAAAGUGAGAGAUGUCCAGACCGUGACCAUGGGUUGGGCAUCUCAAGCGAAGUUGCAUGCGCACAAGGCCAGAGGGGAUCGACUCUUGCUCGGACAUGGCGAGCCUGCGAACGGCAAGGUGGUUCAUGGUAUCAGGGCCCCUAGGCCACGAUGUGCUACCACCGCAUCCAAGCCAAGAGUCCUCGACGGGCUGAGAAAGACAUCUUCUGGCUACAACACGCCGCUUCGUGAAUUGCAAAUCACUCCUCAGGCCGGUGACUCCGAGAAGUCGCUUCGUAAGGAUUCUGCUCUGGACUCUCUUAUGUCUCGGGCAGAGAAAAUACAGGAGAACUUCGACACGCGCGACAAGACAACUCGUAACGAACCGGAGGUGUUCCAACUCGAUGAGGAUGUUCAGGCUGUACAUGACGCAUUAUGGAUAGAUCCCCAAAAGAUCCGCUCAGCGUCGCCAGUGGGUCCGAAGAGACUACGAUCGCGAAGUGAGCCGGAAGUCCAUAUGGAUGAGAGCCGUUUGAUCAGCAAUCAUGCGCGUGCCAAGUCCGCAUCGAUUGUCUUCCGAUCUGGCGAACGCCAACAGCACACUGGCGGCACCAACUUGGCAUCCAAUGCUCAUGUAAAAUCACCAGGGGAAGAGAUGUUCGAUGCCGAGUGUGUAGAAGUCGGGAAGUCUGAGCUGGAGACCUCCAUCCAGCGCGAACAAGAGCUCAAUUCUGAUCAAAGAUCUCUCAAGAACGUCCGUCAACCGAAGUGGGAUGUCGACACCAGACUACGACAGCAGACAUACGCAGCCGAUGUCAAGGACGAGCUUCCUCCUGAUGAGGUCGAGCGCCAACGCCUUCGCGACCAAGCGAGACUUGAGGAUGAGAUCCGGUCUCACGUUGAGCAGGACCGUGAUCAGAGCGGAAGCUUUGUAUCCUUACCAGCGCUCGCUGACUUUGAAGUGAUUCAGUCCAGCUGGAAAGUAUACAUGCAAGGCUGGAUGAGCCUUCUCAGCCUGGAUGAUGACUGUGCAGGCGCAGACUUAUUCGCAGCGCUGCCACGACCAGUGCUCGGCGAAGAGUUGCGCGCGAAGUACGCAACUGAGCUUUCCAGUGACUUCGAAUACGAUGUCAGCAACUUCUACAGAAACAUGCCUGGAGGUGAAACUUUCGAAAGAUCUGAAAUCCGCAAGCAGCUGAAGCUGGAAAUCGCAAGAAUUCAUCCGGAUAAAAUUCACCAGCGUUUCCCAUUGGCCGGAGCGGAUAAUAGAGUGAUGGAGUUGACAACCCGAGUCACUCAGGUCCUGACGAUCUUGAUCGCGCUGGUGUAAGGCUAAAGGAACUGUGGCGUAGAAGGUGCAGGUUCAACACGCAUCUGUCAGAUCGCUUAAAUGUAGAUAUCGAUACCCCAUGGGAUAGAAUUCAGGUGUCGUUGGCUUCUUUAGUUGUGUCUCGUCGGUGUCGAUUCUGCGCUCUCCACUGCCAAAUACUUCCAUAAUGUGCUUGCGCCCUGUAAGCAGGCGCUAUCUCGCCAGAGGAAGCCGCGCAGAAUCGGAUGUACCAACUUCCAGGAGAGAAGAUUGAAUCUGUGAAGUAAUCGUCUCAGCAAGGCUGAAAAGAACUCGCGAUGUGGAGUCGAAUAUGCU